GAGAGAUGUAUAGAGGGGAUGGAUGGAGGCCAAGUCUCCCGGCAAACCCUCCCCCUGUACAGGCCAGCACAGAGGAGGAGUGUAGGUGGGAGUUAAGCACUUCUCCAGAUGUACUUGACUUCUGUUCCUAAAGUCUAACUUUCUCCAGCUAAGCCUCCAUCAUUCAGAGUUCCCAACAGUUGCUGCUUAGUUAAGGGUACAGGGACAAAAACAAAAUAGUGUGACUGUCAUCUGUAAACAAUUACACACUUCAUCUACGCUUGUUACAUUUCAUCGACAGGAAUCUUGAGAUAAUGGCAUGAGAGGGACAUGGCUCCUGUGGGUGUACCUGCUGUCCUAAUGUUGGCAGUUCUGUCACUGCUGCUCAUCUUACCCUCAUGCCUGUAUGCGUGUCCGAGGUCCUGCAGUUGCCCCAGCCCUAAGGAAGUUCACUGUACCUUUCGUCACCUCCUCUCUACCCCACGCAACAUACCCCAAGACACAGAAAGGCUUAACCUAGGCUAUAACAGCAUUGGAAAUGUUGGGUCUUCAGAUUUUGCAAAUCUGCGGCAACUGGAAAUGCUUAUGCUCCAUGGAAAUGAUAUUGCUUCUGUGUCUUCAGGAUCAUUUUACCAUCUCCAUUCCCUUCAGCUACUUAAGUUAAGCUAUAACAAACUUAAAAGAGUUGACCCCAGCUUGUUCGAGGGCCUGACAAGCCUCGUACGACUACAUCUGGACCACAACCUUAUUGAUUUUAUUGAGCCCUUUUCCUUUAAUGGACUCACAUCAUUAAAGCUUUUGCAACUGGAGUCAAACCGAUUAAAAGACCUCCACCCACACACAUUCAUUACUGUGUCAGUUUUGGGCACAUUUUGGACUUCAGGGCUAAGACACCUGCAUCUGGCAGACAACCAGCUGGAAUACCUGUUGCCUGGCACUCUGCAGCACUUCAGCAAGCUAGAAGUUCUCUCGCUGCAUGGAAAUCCGUGGACCUGUGACUGCAACUUACACUGGCUCUUGGAGUGGGACAAAAACCAUGAGGGAGUUAUUAAGUGCAAAAAGGACCGGGACUCUGUAGACGGUGGCAACUGUGCUAUAUGUGCCUCACCACAAUCCCUAAACAAUAGUCAGAUCUUCCUGCUUUCAAAGAACCAACUCACUUGCGACCGACCCUCUCUCCAGUCUCCACUGAAAAUUGGGGAAAGCAGCAUUUGGGAAGACCAGGAGCCAGAGGCCCCAUACAUUAAGGACCUGGAACGCCCUCUAGGCCACCUGACCUUCAUUCUCUCUGACAGCCAUGGGAAUCAGGCCCAUGUGGCUUGUGAUGUAGCACGUCCUGUUGAAGGCACCACUUUACUGUGGGAGCCAGUCAAAGGAACAAAUGAGAUUGUUGUCAAUGUGACUCUGCGGACCUUCCUGGAGUGUGAGAUUGACAGGGACGCUUUACAGAACUUGUGGAGGUUGAUUGCAUACUACUAUGAAAGCCCUGCUAUUUUAGAACGAGGAAUCAAUCUUGGAAAUUCUUCAAAGGUGACUUUUCAGUACUCUCAAGCAACAAAUGAGGACUCACCAUAUUUUACAGACCUAAAAGGACACUUAAUGGCUGAACCCGACUGGCUUUUACAACCAAGGGUCACCCUUCAGCUUAAUAGACGGAAAACCACAACAAAGAAACUGGUGAUGAACUUUUCCACGUUUGUAUCAAAGCACAUUAUCGGAAGAGGGAAUGAGGAAGACACAAUCUCUUCUUGGGCUAUCAUCCAAAGAGGAGCUCCAGGGAGAAUUCAAUCAGUACUAGAGCAUUCUGAGGUCAGUCUGGAGUGCAAUGUGCUCAGCUCAGGGCAUCAGUAUGUGGAGUGGAUUCUUCCAGACUUGACAACCUUGGAUCAAACUGACUCCCAUAAAGUAAGGGUGGAGAAUAAUACAUUAGUUAUAAAAAACACAAGUAUAGCAGACUCUGGACUGUAUCAUUGCUUUGUGAGGACAAACACUGAUGUUGACAUUGUGUCUUUUAGACUUACAGUCAGGAUGCGCCUCUUAAGUCCUAGUGACUUAAAUGGAAAGAAGAUGUCUGUAGAAAAUGGAGACUCUCUAAGUCUCCCCUGUUCAGUAAAUUCUACAAAGCCAGUGGAGACCAGAUGGUACUUGCCAAAUCAUCAGAUUCUAAAAGCAUCAGACAUGAAAGGAAGGGUCUCCGUAUCACAGAACAACACUCUAAUCAUCAAAAAACUGACAUAUGAGGAUGCUGGAGAGUACAGUUGUUUGGCAAUUAACCUUUAUGGAGCAGACAUGUUGUCGCAUCUUGUUGUUGUAACCGGUGAAAAGGAAGAAGUGCAAAGAGGCGUUACAAUCUAUGAGGGUGAAUUACCCCUCUUUGAAACGGAGGACAGGGAAGGGUCAGGAUUUGAGGAAAUCAAACGACCAUCUGCUAAAGUCACUCAUCAAAAAGUUGAUGGUAAACUCCAAGGAGGCCUUUUCCGACAAAAUGCAAAAGGAAAGAAAACCAAAGAAGCUGUGAGGAAACCUAAUAACUCUGUCAAAGAGGUUGACCCAAGCCACUGGAAACAGAUUGUUGCUAAAGCUAAUGAAAAAGUCCCAACCACGCCAGCAAUACCAGUUACAACAACCACAUCAAAAAUGGUGACAAAGACUAGAGUGAUUAUAACCACAACUCCUUUGUUGGAGGAUAAAACCUUAAUGACCAGAACAGACGCUACAUCUAGCAGUGCCAGCACAAGUUCAAGUGUACAAAAUUUCACUGCAACACAGCUGGAACUGCCACCCCACAGAGCACACAUAAAACAAGAUACUUCCCAAGAAAAGGAAUCAAAACACAAGACAAGUGAUUCCAACGUUUCUGAUAUGACUUUAGCACACAUAGACCCUACAACAGUACCUGAACAUAAUACUCAGCUGGCAAAACAGGUAGAUAGACACACAAUAGAAGAAAGAAUUAGGGCUAACAAUAAUCCCAUUUGGAACCAAAAGCGAAGAUUUCCAUAUAGACACCGUAGGCCUCCAACACGUAGAUUGCGUCCAAAGAAACCCAAUUUCACCCCAACUCCUACUAUAUCUGUCCCAGUGACUCAGUCUCCAACCAAGAUAUGGAUCCCUAAGAAUAGUCCAGUGACAAUUACUGACUCUUAUACUUCAAACCAAAGCAAAAAAGCCACAUCUUUGAUGACCUUAGCAGGUUCUGUUUCAUAUAUUCCAGUAACUGAAAGCUUAGCUUUGCCAGUGACAGAAGAUCCUCAUAAAGUACCCCAAACAACGUUUAGAAAAGAAAACAAGCUAAAUGCAUUUGAAGGCAAAAUAAAACACCAUGUUUCAAUUCAACAUAUAAUUACAACAGCUCAGCAAGAAACUGAAGUUUCUGUUACACCUGCCCCCACACCCAUCAACAGGUAUGAAAAUGACAACAGAGAGGUCAUUUUGAAAACUAACAGCAAGACAAGUAAUGAAAAGACAAGGCUGAUAAUAUCAACGACAAUCCCUAAAGUUCAAAGCAGCAACACAAAUCCUCCAGUGACACAAAGAGCACACGUGACUGAGAAACCAACCUUAACUCAUUUAGAAAGACAGAGAGUUUAUAACUGGGGAAUAAAACCUGACAUUCAAGAUGUGCCUCUCCACCCCUGGUUAAUCCAAAAGAAUACACUAAAAAAACAAGUCUCAGUUACACCAAGUCCCCAAACUCUUCCUCGAUUUAGGGCCAACAACCAUGGCAUUCCAAUCUGGCCCACAGUUUAUUCUUCAAGACAACGUCCCUCCCAAGACAAAGCUUGGUAUUUUCUGCAGACAGGAGGUAGGGGUUCAGGGGUCACCAAUCAACCUCAAAUCACUGCUCAGACAGCUAAACCAACAACUUUGGAGGUAGUGACAGCUUCCUUUGCUAGGACCAUAGCUCCACAUGUCAACUCUUUGUCUCGUGUACAAAACCACAUGCUCUUUAACAGGCUCAGAAACAGAUAUAGACAAUCACAGCUUGAUGCAUAUAGACUAGCCCUGCUGGGAAAGUUUGUUACUUCUAAACCAAAGACAGUUCUCUCCACCACUCAGCCACACCAAGCACCAAACUUCCUAAGUAUCUACAAGCCUGUGACUCCCGCAUCUGUUUUGGUACAUGCAAACAAACCACCUGCCACAGCUAGUGUGUCAUAUGGUAGUCGAUGGCACUACAGUCAAUUUGGAGCAAAGAAACUGAGCACUGCCAUUCCCUUUCCAAACUUGAUAGGAAGUGGCAUCAAACCCAGGAUCACAACUCAAUCUGUUACUAUAUCUGCUCUGGCAGAAACAGAUGUCCUGCUGUCUUGUAAAUCAUCAGGGGACCCGACACCUGAUGUUUCAUGGACCAAAGUUUCCACAGGUGCAACAAUUCAUGCAAAUACCAAACAUGGACAAAGAUUUGAAGUCCUUUUCAAUGGAACAUUUGUGAUAAAGAAUGUCCAGUUGCAAGACAGAGGCCAGUACCUCUGCACAGCGCAAAACAAAUUUGGCUCAGACCGUAUGGUAGUAACACUCGUUGUGCAAACUCAGCCUCCAAAAAUCAUCAAUUCAAAAGCCAGAGAUGUCUCUGUGUAUUUCGGUAAACCAGCAAGUUUGGACUGUGUUGCUGUCGGAAAACCAGAAGCUCAGAUCUCAUGGAUACUUCCAGAUAAGACAUUUGUGCGAGAUGUUGGUACCCUUAACCACAGAGUAUCCCUUUCUCCAAAUGGAACAUUGAGUGUUCACUCUGCUAAUUUUUCCAAUAAAGGUGAUUAUAAGUGUAUUGCCAGCAAUGCAGCAGGGGCAGAUACACUGACAUACCACGUUCAUGUUGUAGCCCUACCACCGACAAUUGUUGAGGUUGCAUCUGAAAGUAUAUUUAUGAAUGUUGGCAAAAGCAUUUAUGUGGAUUGCACUGCUGAAGGAGAGCCACCCCCUCUUAUUAAGUGGGUUCUUCCUGAUGGAUCACAAAUGAAGCCCACACAGUUCAUUGGAAAGCGAUUAUUUAUUUUCCCUAAUGGAACACUUUAUAUAAAGAAUGUCAGUCCCAUUGAUUCAGGGAUGUAUGAGUGUUUAGCUGCCAAUUCAGUGGGCUUUGUUAAAAGAACGGUGCAGAUGGACAUUAGGCAAGAGACUCCAGGUCCCUGGAAAGGCUUAUCCCAGCAACACAGUGUUACGGCUACAUAUGGCUCCACAGUUUUUCUGCACUGUCCAGAGUCUACAGGCUCCCACAGAGGCACGGUCUGGAGACUGCCAUCUAAAAUCCUGCUGGAACAUCACUACAGUCCACAAAGACACAUCACAGCUUUCCCCAACGGCACCUUGAGAAUUCUGAGACUGACUGAGAAAGAUGGAGGCAAUUAUCUAUGCAUGUACCAAAGACCAAAUGGUGAGGACAUGGAGUUAUUCCAAGUAGAGGUUCUCAUGAGGCCACCAAAGAUAGAGAACAUUGGGGCACAACAUAAGAGAGUUGCUAAUGGAGACAACUUCCUAGUGGAUUGUGUAGCUUCUGGCCUUCCAGACCCUGAGGUAUCAUGGAGCCUCCCUGAUGGCACCAUGAUCAACAAUGCUCUCCAGUCGGAUGACAGUGGAAUCCGUAAUCGCCGCUAUAUCAUCUUUGGGAAUGGCACACUUUUGUUGCAACAAAUGAGAAAGAAAGAUGAGGGCAAUUAUACAUGUUAUGCUAAGAACACCAUGGGAGAAGAUGCAAUGAAAGUAAGUGUACAAGUGGUGCCAAACUCACCCCAAAUAUCUCUUCAGGAUCAGGCGUCGAUUUGGGGUACUUUUGGUCAAUCAGUCGAAAUGAAGUGUGAUGCUACAGAUGUGCCACCAUCAACAAUCAUCUGGAUCUCACCGAGGAAUGAGAUGAUAACCUCAUCUUCAGUCAAAUAUCAAAUACUGAAUGAUGGAACUUUAAUAAUAAAAAAACUGACGUUGGCUGACCAGGGCAAGUAUGCCUGUGUGGCACGAAAUCCAGCUGGAGAUCAUAUAAAAAAUGUAAAGCUUCUAGUUCAGGUUAAAGAGCCACAAAUUAAUGGAAAAAGUGGACGAUCAGAGAACAAAGUUUUAGCAGUGUCUUACCAAACACUACUGCUGGACUGUAAAGCAGAGGGUAUACCAGAGCCCCAGAUAACCUGGACCACACCUUAUGGUAUGACUCUGCCUGCACUAUAUUUUGGAGGCAGGUUUCAAGUCCACAGGAAUGGCAGUCUUGAGCUUAGAGGCAUUCGAAAGACUGAUGAAGGUCGGUUUCUGUGCAUAGCAAAAAAUUACUUGGGGGAAACAAGUCUAGCAAUUGACCUGGAAGUUACAUCACUUGCGGAGAAGCCAAGCUUUCCAGUGCCAAACAUUGAAGUUAUUCCUCUCAAACCAGAUGGUGAUGACAUUGCUUUGGAGUGUCGAGCAACUGGAAAACCAAAGCCAGAGUUUGUUUGGAUUCUACCCAAUGGAGCGGCACUAAAUCCAGGCAUUAAACUUCAGCGGUUUACACACUACCUUGGAAAUGGGACUUUACUCAUCACACGGCCACUUGUCAUCGACAAAGGUGUUUAUCGUUGCCUAGCCAAAAAUAUAGCUGGACAAGCAGAAAAGCGUUACACUUUAGAACCUGGACAAAAGCCUCAUAUCAGAAGUACACCUGCUACUAUGAAGAUUUCAUUUGGACAGACUUUAAAUAUGCCAUGCACAGUGGAUGGGUGGCCUCAGGCAACAAUUACCUGGACUCUUCCCAAUGGCCUGGUCUUGGACAAGCCUCAGGUUAUUGGAAGAGUAACUUAUAUAUCUAAUGGCACACUUCAGUUAAAAGAAACUUCCAAGAUUGAUAGAGGAACUUAUACCUGCAAAGCCACAAACACAUUUGGAUCAUCAACAUUGUCGUAUCCAGUAAGCAUUAUGGUGUUUCCAGCUCAAAUCACUCAUGCCCCCCCUUCAGUACUCAGAGUUAGAAAGGGAUCCCCUGUGAUUCUCAAUUGCAUAGCUGCUGGCACACCCAAACCAGAGAUUUCUUGGACUCUUCCUGGACGUACCACACUUGUACCCAAUAAUCGCUUCACAGGACAGAAUGGAUUUCACAUGACAGAGGAGGGUAAUUUGGUCAUACAGGACCCAGGCCUCAUGAACUCAGGGAUUUAUAAAUGUAAUGCCAAAAAUGCCUUGGGAACGGACUUCAAAGCAACAUACCUUCAAGUGAUCUAAAUGUUACACCAUUGGGUCACGCGCUCUUAAACUUUGCAGUUAAUAAUGAAUGAACACUUUCCUAAAAGUGGACCUACGUCAUUUAAAUUACCUAAGCAAUGUUGUUAUGGGGCAUUACAAUUAGUUUUUCCUACAUGGGUGCCAAAGAACCAAAGUUAUGAUUUUUUGUGGUAAACUGUAUUUAAUUUAUGAAAAUAUUGGUUUGUACAUAUUUAUAUAAUCCACAGAUUAAAACUAAAUCAUUUACAUUACAUUUUUAUAUACAUUGUAUAGUGGUCUAAAUCCUUAAAAACUCACUUAUCUCUACAUGGUUGCCUUAUAUGUUUUGUCACAGAUUUCAUGCAUUUCACAGUUCAUCAGAACAAAAUAGCCUUUCAUUGUGAGAGUAGAACGAGGUCUUGUAUAGUACAAAUGUUGGCAUUGAUGCAGUAGUCUUACAAAAAAAUUAGACAAGAAGCCAAUUAUGUAAGCUACUCACUGUCACUGUGGGUAAAUAAAUAACAAUAUUUGAUUGAUGGUCUUUCUGUGAUAGUGAUAUAUCAUUAUAAUUGAAACGUAAUACAUUUUAACGUUGUAUCCAAACAUUGCUCUCUUAAUGUUUUAAAUGUCUAACCCUAA